UGGGUGUGCUGCUCCUCCUGUCAGGACUUUGGGGAGGUGGGGUCUCCUCCUCCCGCCUGUCCCACCAUGUGUUGCGCUCGCGGAGAGCCCCGUGACGUCACGCAGGGCUGGUCCUGCGUUUAUUAGCCCGGGUGCGAGAGGCUCACAGUGCAGCUCUGUCCGGCGGAGUGGGGGGGUCCCGGUAACUUCAGCGAAGCUCUCCGGUCAGAGGAAACGUGCCCGCAGCUCCCCGAAGGCCUCCGGACUCCACCGGACCUCCACCGGACCUCCACCGCAGCCGGUCCCGCCGCUGCGUGAUGGCCCUGCCGCCCCCCGCCCUGCUGCUCGUGGGGUUCGUCCUGGUCUCAGCUGACAGGGCCCCGACAGGAGGCAGAGAAGACCAGCUGAGGAGCCGGCUGAAGGAGUACGGGCUGAUCACGCCCUUCAGCACGGACGCCCACGGUCACUUCCUGUCACACCUGCUGUCAGCAAAGCACAAGCAGCGCGUCAAGAGGGAGGCGGCGCCCCCCGCAGACUCCCAGCAGAGUCUGUUUUUCAACAUCACCGCCUUCGACAAGGAGUUCCACCUCCGCCUGCGCCCCAACACCCGGCUGGUGGCGCCCGGCGCCACGGUGGAGUGGCACGAUAAGGUUGAAGGCUUUCCAAACGCCAGCGAUGCCGCGGGGGUUUAUUCCGGCGUCGGAGCCAAUCAGACAGAGUUUGGUGACGGGACAGAGAGGAUCCUGCGGCGUGAGCUCCUGAAGACGGACUGUAACUUCAUCGGUGACAUCACGGACGUGCCGGGGGCCUCGGUCGCCAUCAACAACUGUGACGGAUUGGCCGGCAUGAUCCGCACAGAUUCUGACGAGUACUUCAUCGAGCCGCUGGAGAAGGACACUCAGGAGCUGGAGGACCAGGGCCGGGUCCACGUGGUCUACCGCCGGUCGGCCUUGCUGCGCGCCGCCCCCCAGGUGUUGGUGGACUUCCAGGUCCGAGAACCAGAACUGGAUGUUCCCAGAACCCUGGACUCCAUCAGCCAGCGCGUCAACGAGACAGCCCGCCGCCGCCGGGACGCCGGAGAAGACGACUACAACAUUGAAAUCCUGCUGGGAGUGGACGACUCGGUGGUCCGGUUUCACGGAAAGGAGCACGUGCAGAACUACCUCCUCACUCUGAUGAACAUA